AUGUCGUUAUUCUCAUUCAUCCAUUGCACUCGUCUUCCUGAAGAAGAGUUGCUAGACGAGGAUUGCAAGGAGGCGAAACAGACUUGGAGGAAUAAUAUUAUUUAUAGCAUCGACGUUGAGAAAAUAUACAGCGCGCAUUGCCAUUUGACGAUUGUCACUGUGAUUGAGAGGGACAGGGCGGACGAGACCGUGUCACUUUUCCGGCUGACUUUUCCUGACAGUCGCGAACCUAGCAGCACUUCAAUUCUUCGUGGUUUUGACGACCGUGGAAGUCGACCUCUCUCGCCUAUUAUUGCGCUUUUUCACGCGUUUCCCCAGGAAAUCGCAGUCCAACUCGGUUCUCAUUCUCGACCCGACCAAAAUUAUAUACGUGGUCUACUGUUGUAUCUUGGCAUCAACGACUGCAGCAGGACACCAUCCGAUAAGCUCGAACCCAUAGUUGAGGCGCUGUCGGUUGCUGUUCAUGAUCUGUGGGUAAAGGCGGGUACUCGGAACUUUGUGCUUGUGGACGUCCCUCUGGUUGACCGUUCGCCCAGCGCCCUUGACUCGUCAGAUGAGGUGCAAGGCGCGUCGGGACACGGAGCGACCUUCUCCGUGCGCGUGCAUCCGAUGCUCACCGAUGUGCUCGGCGAUCAGCUCGAGUACGACUUUGCUGAAGACGACCCAACUGACGAAGGAGGCUCCAUCUGGGAGGACGAUCUGCACUGA